AUGGCACGCGAUCAGGAGCUCGUCUCCCUUUCCUCGUUUGGCAAGGACCUCCUGGCCAGCGGCAUCUUUACAUCUCUGGGCGCACCAAACUUUGCCGACAAAAAUGUCAAAGGCCCUUCUCGCAGGAUCCUGGAAAUUGCCCCGGAUGAAACCUUUUCCCCACAGCCAGCCAGUCCGGCUACAUGGAUAGGUCUGUCGACCCUUUCGGCUGUGACAUCAGCAUAUGCAGACUCUCCUGAAUCUCCCGAGCAGCUCAUCGUUGGGGGUGCUGAGGUGCAAAAUGUGUCACUUGUUAUGGAAGACGAGCACGGCACUUACAAUGAUUUGAAGGUGAUGCCUGUUCCCGUCUCGGGGGCCAAGAGCAGUGGGGGGUCUCUGCUUGUUGCCCCGGUCGGAGGAUCUAAGCAGAUCGCUGCUCAGCAGAUGCUUUUGCUACCGGCCAAGGCGGAUUCUGAUCUCUCGUUUUCCGAUGAUAGCAAGCCUUUGCCGUUGGCAGAGCUAGAAAAGGCAAUGAAGGAGUCUAAGGGGAAGGUCGGUGUGAUGCCUGUUGGUUCCUUUGCUCUCAGUGGUGACAUCGAGAACUUCUUUGGCGUCGAGGGGGUUACCGGCAAGCUGUAUUGUUACAAGUGUGAUGGGGAGGUGAAUGACGAACAGGAGGAGAAACCAAUCAAUGAAAAGGUUAGGCUGCAAGACAUGGAAUCACCCCUAGGAAUCUUCUUCCCCGAGAUCGAAAACAAGAUGAUCAAAGCUUUGCCCCUCAAGAACCUGGAGUUUACUUUCAGCAACACCGAAAAGGAGAUUCUGCUGCCGCAUGGGCUCCGUCUGCAAGGUGACCUGGAGUUGAAGGAUGGACUGCAGUGGAUUUCCGAUGGCUUGAAGAAUGUUUUUGGCGGUGACAAGGCCACAGAGCUGCCGUCAAAGAUACGGGUCAGUGCCCUCUUGGCGAAGGAGAGAGACUGGACGAAGAAGCCCAAGAUCGAGGGUAUCGUUCUUCAAACCUUUCUCGAUGAGAUGAAGCUGCCUGCGUGGGACUUUUUGGAAUUUCAAACAGCGGGUAUCGAGCUGUCUGCGAGGAAGGAAACCGCGAAAAAUGACAUCCAGGAGGAUCCGGAGAAGGACAAGAAAGAGGACGCUGAGAAGGGAGAAGAAGGGGAGGGAGACGGCAAGUCAAAGGAAAUUAUAAGCAAGAAAGAAACGGCCUCGAAUACCCCCACGAUGAAGGAUGAUGCCACGGAGGAGAAGCGCCAAGCAGAAGAGAAGCAGAGCAAGGAGAAGAAAAAGUGGAAGGUAGGUUUUGGGCUGUUUGGCAAGCUCAAUAUUACCAAAGUACCCAAGUCACCGGUGCCCCUGGAGGCAAGAUAUUGGAUUCGCAUGGGCGACUGGAAAGAGGAGAAGAAGAAGGAGGAGGAGGAGGAGGAGGAGGAGGAGGAGGAGGAGGAGGAAGAAGAGGAUGAAGUGGAGGACGAUGACGAGGACAAAAAAUUAGAGAAGCCAGGCGGCGGAGAAGGUAAGGAAACUGACGAUGCGGAAGAGAACAGGCCCGCAGAAAGAGGAAAGCAAUACGAAGUGUUAAUCGCGGUCGGCGAAUGGAAGGACUUUUGUGCCAUUUCGAAUCUUGACAUGAAAGAAGCCCAGUUGCACGCAUUCUUCAAACCCGGCGAAUUCCGGAAAUCUUGCACAUUGGCUGUCACUGGAUCCCUCGAGUUUGCCCAAGGGUGUCUUGACAAGGAUGACGAGGAAAAGGACGAGAAGAAAGAGGAAGAAGGGGAGAAAGAGGAAGAAGGGGAGAAAGAGGAGAAGCCCAAGAAUGCGACCUUAGCAAUCGAGGGAGUUCUAUCUAGAGAGGACUACCAUUUUGAUGCCAAGGUGGGAAAUUUGAAGCUCGAUUCGAUAUUGAAGAUAUAUGCUCAGAUCACCGGGGCUGAACCAUCGAAGGAAGCCAAAGAGCAUGACCUGAUCUUUGAAGAGCUGCAUUUGAAUAUUAGCCGCAAGCUGAAGAGUAAGGAAAAGGCCAUAGAGGACAAGAAGAAUUUAAAGGAGAAAAAGGAAGAAGAACAGGAAGGAGAACAGGAAGGAGAACAGGAAGAAGAACAGGAAGAAGAAAAGGAAGAACAGCCUUCCACUUGCCUGGAGCUCUCCGGCAAAGUCAGCUUCAACGAUUGCAAGAGUGUUCACGGUUUGAUCAAAAUUGACACUAUCUCCGGCCUCACUAUCCAGGGCGGAGUCGAGGAUUACAAGAUCAAGGAUGCUGAUGUUACAAUUAAAGAAGCUAGUAUCGACAUCUUCAUUGGAGCAAAACCAAAACAGGCUAAGGACACCUCGAAGACAACCAAGCCCAAACUCGAGGCAGAUACCAAAGACGGAAAAGAAGCUGGCGAGGGCAAGGUGGAGGUCUUCAACCGAGCAAGCAAAUUUGCCAUCAAAGGCCGGGUUGAUUUCAGUGGUAUAACUGUGACGGUUGCUUUUAUGACUGAGCGCAAUGAAACCAACGCCAAUUCAAAGAAGUCGUCUGAGCGGGAAUGGGUCUUGUUUGGUAUCUACGAAGGGAGCUUGCACCUAGGAAAGAUGUGCGAUAUUAUGGAAGGCCCCAUGGCUGAUCUCGAACUGGAAAAUGUUGCUCUCAUCGCGGCAUCUGGCGAGAACAAGACAAUCGAGGCGUUGAACAAGCUUAAGUAUCCUGUACGAAAGGGAAUUUCGCUAUGUGCCACAAUCCCACCUCUGCCUGAGCUGAACAACUUCGCUAAGCAGAAGGUGGACGGACUGGUUCUCGUUGCAACUAUACAAAAGCAAAAGCUGGAGCUCGGCAUCCAGUUGCCCAGGGCAUUUGAUGUCACCAUUACUGAUAGUGUCAAACUUUGUGAGAUUGGAAUUGGCAUUGAAAUCAGCAAGACUCCUAGCUUGAUGGUCAUGGGCACUUUGAACAUCGUCAUGGAUGUAGACCAGGAUCCUUUGCUCCUAGAGGGCAUGGUGAAAGCUGGCCUACUCAGUUCAUCGGCUUCGAUUGCCACUAAGUCGCCAUGGGUGAACCCAUUGAACAUCAGUAAACAUGUUACCAUCGCCGACUUCAGAGUCGAGAUUGAAAUUACUUAUGCCACCGUCAUGGAGCUUGGACCAUCCAAACUGGGCCUUGCUGGAGAUAUCGAGGUAGGAGACCUUACUGCUGGAGCGGCCAUGCAGAUCAGCCACCACCCUGGUGAGCAGGUUAUAUCAGCCAAUAUCUCCAAGGUGGAUCUAGUCGAAAUCAUCCGUGUUGCCGGCCAGGUCGCCGAAAUCCAAGUCUUGCAAGAUAUCCGUGGUGGUGAGGAUACGUUUGUUUUUACUGAUGCCAACAUGUAUUUCUCCACCGGGGGAACCAUAGCCGGGAGAGAGUACCCACAGGGUAUAUCAGCCGGCGGGAAGCUGACGGCGUUUGGGAAGACGGCCCAGUUUGACCUAAGCAUUGGCAAGGCUGGUCUGGAUUUCCAAGCGCAUAUCGAUAAUUUCAGUCUCGGGCCCUUGGUCGUCUCAUCCGCUAGUGGAGAUCCCCGCGCCAAGAUGAUCGUGCUGAUGACCAAAGAGAAACAAGUGAUCCAGGUGGACGGAAUGGUGAGAUGCUUUGGAAUUGGGUUUGCCACCUUAGUCGACAUCCAAAUAGGAACCGAAACCCCGUCUUUUGAUGCGCGUAUUGCCGUGGCGUUUACCGACGCCUUUAUAAUCAGUCUACAGGCGACAGUGGAUGACUUUAAGGAGGUCAAGGAUCUAGCAACAAAGGAUUUAUAUUUCCAAGCCCAGAUCAAAGGUGAUUUAUUUGACAUGAUCUGUGAAAGUAUCAAGAGCUUGCUCCAGACGCUUGAGAAGCUGGGUACCGAGGGUAUUGAAUCUCUUCAGAAACUUAUUGGAGCGCAGAUUGCAGAAAGACAGGCCGAAAUGAACCAACAAAAGCAAAAGCUCGACGAAGCACGGCAGAAGGUAGACGAGCAGCGAAAGGCGCGCCAACACGAUAUGAAAAAGGAAAGAGAUAAACGCGACGAGGCAAAGAGAGAAAUAGAACGGCUGCAGGACGAAGUGACCAAAGCCAAGCAAAAUAAGGCUCAAGCUGAAGCUGAACUGAAAGAAAAAGUCGACAAGCUUAAACUCGAAAAAGAAUCCCUUAUCCAAAAGAAGAGAAAGGAGUAUAAUGACAAGCUGGAGAAGGCUAAGCAAGAGCAAGCAGACAAUCAAAGGGAGUUAGAGCGGCUGAGACAACAACAGAGAGAUAGAUACGGCACCGAUUUCCUCAAGAAGGUCGAACUUGCUAAAGGAGCCUAUUAUGAAAAAGAAAGGAUCUUACGGCAAGCGUGGGAGAAUGUUGCGCGGCUCCGUCGGGCGGUUGAGCGGGCAAGUUUCUUUGAGAAGAUACCCUUGGGGGUGGAACUCGCGGCAGCCGAAAUUGCUCAUGAAGCUGCUAAGGUUGUACUCGGUGGAUAUCUCGAAGCUGCCAAGGUGCUUGAAGACACCGCUAAUUCCGAAGCCUUUCAAUCCAUCGUCAGAGCCAUUGAAGAUACAGAAAAAGCGGUGGAACGCGCGGCAAAUGGAAUUGACAAACUUCUCAGCGGAGGCGGUCUUGACGGAUUUCUUAGAUCCUUUAUCGACACCGAAGAAGCCAAGAUCGAAGCAGCUAUAAAAGCUCUCCAGGCAAUGCAGAAUGAGAACAACCAGUAUCAAAGGGCUAUUCGGGAGGCGCAGCACAUCCUUGACCAGAACGCACCCGACCUAGAAGACCAGAUAGCGCAGGCCGAUGAGAAUAUCAAAUCCCUCGAAGAGGAUGCAAUGUUGGCAGAUCUUGAGCGAAAAUAUAACUAUCAGCUUGAGGUCCACAACAAAGUACACAACACCAUCCAACAAAUGCAGGCUGGACUAGAGACACUCAAGGAGAACUGGCAAAAAGGGAUGCACGCGUUGGAGGACGUGCUUAAUGAGAUCCAAAAGAAAAUCAAUGCCAUCUUUCACAUUGAGAGAAUCGAGGUGGGAAUCCACACUCAUGCGUUGAUCGACGACAAACCCCUAGUCUUCAAAUUCCAAGGCACGGUGGCCAACAAGCCUUUUGAAAUCAAGGCACAAUGGGCGCCAGGCAAUGAUCUCAGCCGUUUGUACAAGGGAGUCACCAGUGAGAUUCUGAAGCUUGCGGUGUGA